CCUGUCACGUUUACAAAAGCUUUUUAAUGCGUUUACUACUUAUAUUUUUAUUAAUUUUUUUACUAUACAUAACGUACAUAUACCAUUACAAACCGAAGAAAGCUUGUAGCUGUUGCAAAACAUGCAACUGUUCAGAAUUCAUGGAUGCCGAAGACGCGGAGAAGGAAGAACUUUCGAUCACUGAAUUAUUAGACGACCAGCCAGAAAAAUACGAGAGCAGCCACGAUCCAGAAAUCCAAUCGAAAUGUAAUUGCACUAUAUUCCAACCGGCAAUCGUCAUUAAUCCUUACACCAACAUAAUGGAUUUGGUCAAGAAGAAGCCGAAUUUCAAAUCGGUCGGCAUUAGAUGCGCGGCCUGUUUGGCGGUGGCGGAAGAAAUAAGCAAGAUACACAAACGCACGACCGAACCCAAAGGGAAAUGUUCCAAAGAACGGUGUGCGAAGCGUACAGAUAGCAAAGACGAUUUCGUGCAAGGAGUUGAGAUGCUUUGCCAGAACGGAUUCAAGCACCACCAUUACAAGAAGGUGAACGGAGAGAAUGUCGUCACCGACAAGAGAUCUCCCGGUGGAUUCAUCUUUGUCGAGUUGGAACAGCCCUGGUGCGACACUUUGAGGCAACUUUGUCAGGAGUACAUAAGUCGACUCACUUUGGAUAGGUUGUACUAUGAUGACGACGUCGAUUGGGAACGUUUAUUGUGCAAAAGCGAUGGUAUUUUUAGAGAAUGUCGAAACAUGGACUCAGAUCCACACAGCUAUAAGCAUUAAAAAGCUUAAAUAUUGUAAAUGUAUAUUUGUUGUAUAUUUUGUAAUAUAUUUUAUACAAUCAGAA